AAAAAAAAAAAAAAAAAGCCGUCCGUUGUCACGUCUGUUCUCUUAUCCAGCCCACAGACGCACAGCAAUCACGUCUUUAAUCUGUGAGGAUCUCUCCAAGAGCUCAGUGAAAUCCCGACUCCCACCAGCCAUCUGCUCAGGAAGAGUGAAUCACUGGUCGUGUGUGACGUGGAUGAAGAUCUGGUGAAGAAGUUGAAGGAGUUUCGCUUCCGGAAGGAAACCAACAAUGCGGCCAUCAUUAUGAAAAUAGACAAAGACAAGCAGCUCGUUAUUCUCGAAGAAGAGCAUGAGGAUAUUUCACCCGAUGCUCUGAAGGAUGAACUGCCCGAGAGACAACCCAGGUUCAUUGUCUACAGUUAUAAGUAUCAACACGAUGAUGGACGCGUGUCCUAUCCGCUCUGCUUCAUCUUCUCCAGUCCAGUGGGUUGUAAACCAGAGCAACAGAUGAUGUACGCAGGAAGCAAAAACAAGCUGGUGCAAACGGUUCAACUGACCAAGGCGUUUGAGAUUAGGAACACAGAGGACCUGACAGAAGAUUGGCUUAGAGAGAAACUUGGAUUCUUUCGCUAAGUAAAGUUUUCUCAUCCGGAGGCUUGGGAUGCGAGGGGGAUCCUGACCGCACAACCAUGCUCCAUCUUUCAAGAAGAACACACUACAGAUGUUACCUUCCUCUCUCAGCGGACCUGAUUUGAAAUAGCUUUUGCAAAUACUCUGCUCUUAACGGCCACAUCGGUGAGGUAUAAGAUAUAUAUAUACAUUUUGUAUUACAACUCAGCUUGUGCCAGAAUGUUCAGACCAUCACGAGAGUUCGAGCGCCACCUCUGUGACUGUCAACAAUCAUGGCCAUAUCUAAACCUCGCCUGUCCGGUUGCCUCAGUCUGCAAAUGCUAUUUGAUUCAGGUCUGCUUUUGCCUCCCAUACCAUCUCUCCAUGUGCCAGUGAUGUGUCUGUAUUGAAUUAACAUUCCCGUAGGUUUUUAAAGUGAACAGAAAUGAAACGUGCGUUUCCGCCAUUUCCGGAGCAUGCCAUCAUCGUCCGGGGGGAACGCAGCCUCUUCGUAGUUAUGAUUUUGUUUCCUUAAGACGUUUACACUCGACAAUUUUGCAACUGAGACCCUCCUCAGUCGAUCUGUCUUUACCUAUUUUUCACGAUUAUUUGAAAGUCCUACUGGCUAAUCUUUUUUUGUUUUUCUUAUUUCUGGUGUCUGUAGGUUACAUUUAUGUUGAUUUUUAGAGGAUUGUUUUCCCCAUUUAGUUGCAGCUAGAAUCCAGAAAACACUACUGAGGUCCUUCAGUACUUAUCCAAGGGCAUUUAAAUGAUAAGGUGCAUACUGACAAUAUCUCCCUAGAAGACAAAAACACUCACACCUAGUGAGGUAAACUGAGCACAUGAACGAGAAACCAUGGCUAAAAUGAUUCGGUGCCUUGCGAAAGUCUUUACAUCCGUUGAACUUUUUCACAUUUUGUCAUGUUAUAAACACAAACAUGAUCUUGAUACUGUUUCUUCAGUGAUGUACUCAAAUGAAACUCUGAGGUCUCUUCAUUCAGAUGAUUAACAACACCCAGAGAUUUACUCCAACUUUGGAGUAACAGGGGAAUAAAUACAGACAUUUUUCAGAUAUUUAUUUGGUGAGAAAUUUUGAAAGCCAUGCGUUGUCCUCCUUCCACUUCACAAUGAUCGUUUCUGCCGUUAUUUGUUCUUGUACUCUAUCUGCAUACAAUUUCUGCAGUAGAGUGACAGCAAUCGUACAAGAAGUCAUGUUUUAAAAAAUGUGUUUUUGUCACGUUUUCUGACGCUUCCAAAAAUAUUGAACGUUUGAUUAAAAACAGAAAUCAUUCUCUUUUUGUAAAAAAAUUUAUGUUUUUGGUUGAUCUAAAACACAAAAAAUAAAUAAAUAAAUUUAUGUAGGACAAUAAUUUAUUAUUGGUAAAAUGACUUAAAUUAAUUUUAUGUCAUACUUGCUUCAGUAGGAGAAAGAGCAACAAUGUUUUGCGUUUUUUUGGGGGGGGUCAGGGGGUUUGUAAAAGUCGCUGACCCCUGACCUGUCGCAUAACAUCCCCAAUAAAAUACAUUACAGAUUGUAGUUAUAACAUUACAUCAUAUGGAAAAGCUCAAGGCUUCACCUUUGCAAGGCACCGCAGCACCGUUGGUUUGAAUAUGGAUGAAUUUUCUUCCUCUUCAAAGAAAAUAAAAACAUGAACGAUGGAUGUUGUCUUUGACCUGCAUAUUCCUUGAACGGUUCGAACCAGGGUACAGUAUUUCUAGAUACAUUCCAAACACAAACCUUUUUUUUUUUUUUUUUUAAUUUUCACUCAAAACUUUAGUACUCAUGACAGCAAAGACAACGGCACACAGGGUGGUAAAUAUCUGCCCCUGAUUUUAAUCUACUGGAAUCCACUGGUCUCUUUAUGCGGAGCUUGUCAGCUAUCAUUGUGCGUUGGAACUCCUACUGUUGUACUGAAUGUUGAUUAAUUCUCAUGUAAAGCCACUUUAUUUGCUGUGUAGCUAUUGCAGCCUUAAACAAGUAAUGGUGUAACUCCUCAAAACGCCGGUUGUGCUUCAUUAUUUAGACGUUGGGCUGUUUACGUCUCCACAAUGGCUUCCUCAUGCCGAAACGUGGCAGCUGCUCAUAAUUGGUGCCAGUCUCAAAGUCCUCGGUCCAGUCGCUAACGAUGUAUUUUGUGUAUUUUCUUGGCAAAUUCUAAAAUCUGUUGUGAACUGCAAUGUUUUAUGUGUCACUGUGCAAUAGGCAUGGGCUGCUCACCUGUGUGACGGUUUUAAAAAGUUUGUUUUAAGAUCGCUACAGAAGCCUUUCUUCCUGUUAACGAAGGCAAACACUUUAAGUGAUUGAUUGUCCUCGUAUUUUUCAAACUCUUUAUUUUGAAGUAGGAAAGGAAGUAGUUCUUGAGUUGCCCAGAAUCGACAGUCUUCAUAUCCGUUUUGGUUGACAACAUUCUAAAAUCAUUUGGGUGGAAGCAGUUUGAGUACUGCGGGGGUGGGGGGGAAACGCCACCGCCACUAGCUAAGAAGCUAAAGUUAGCAUGUCCUUUGAAGCCCUGUCUCUGGGAACUAAUCUCUAAUCAAUAAUAAUUGAAGUUUCUGAAACCUCUAUUGUCGACAUUGGUAUUCCCCAAAUUGUUGCUAAAAUCUCAUAUUAACUUAUCAUACUUGUGUCACUCUAUAAAGAGCAGAAUGGUAAAAUAUCCUGCACAAUAAAGUUUAGCUGCAAGUUGGUAAUAAAUGUCUGAUAAAUAUCAGGUGUUAUUCUAUCAUGUUAAUGUGUUUAAUAUUGCAUUUUUUAUUUGGAAACCGUGGUACCAAAACACCUCAAACCAGCCCAAGCCUAUUGGUCAAACACUCUGGAUUUCUAAAGAGCUUUUUUUAAAUUAUUUUAUUUUUUUAUGUAUGUUCUGUAAAAAAGAAAAAAAAAACAAUCACUAUAAGCAGCUCCAAAUAGCAAUGAAAAACAUCUUUUUAGUAAUGGGAAAUGUAUUCCAGAUCCUGCAGUGACUCACUUUCAUGCGACGGUGAGUAAAGUCCUCAAUGAGCCGUGGCUCAGGAGGUUUUCCGAUUCUUAUUAAAAGCGUCGUCCCACCUCGGUAUAUCGGUCACAUCCCCAGAGGAGAUUAAAUGGGCACAUGCGAGCGCCACAUCUCAUCAGCGUCGUCCCCAAGUGCAGUUUUUAUUAAAUGAAAAUGGGAGGGUGAAAGGCUGUAGGUUUCACCACAAAUAAAGAUGUCGUACGGUUUAGCUCACCAAUGCCUUUGUCUUAAUUCCUUAUUAUCUCCUGUAAAACUCAAAACUGAACAUUGGAUAAGAGCACGUGGCACUAAAAUAAAUGUUUCUUGACAUUUUUGUUACUCAAAUCCUGUUUUUACCUGCUUGUGACGAGACACUAGGAGUGUAGAAACAGACUUUGAUUGCUCUUGUGUUGGUGAUUCAUGUCUACUGAUAAGAUAUACACUGCCUGCCUCAUGUUCGCCUGUAUGAUGAAGCUACAGGAGAGAAUUAGAGUAAAUUCAUUUUACCUACCAACACUAAACUUUUUAUAAGAAAAACUUUAUGGAAUAUACUGGGAAUUAUCCAGUCAGGGGAGCAUAUGCUAACUCUGAAAUGUGCAAUCUUCUUGAUUUUAUGGGCUUAAAACAUUCAAAACAAAAACAACAACCAGACUAUCUUUCCAAAUUGUCCAGAUGCCAUAAAUGUGGACAGCUACUGUAAAUCGAUGCUUUCUCUACUGAAUGUAAACUAUUUCCAUCGAACUGUUUCCUCUUUGAGGCAGAACCAACGUCUUUACAUCUCAAACAUCCGGAGCCGGUACUAUGAAACAGACAACUUCAGCUUCACCGCUUGGGUUUUUCAGCGCCGCACACCACAGGAAGGAACGGUGCUCCUUUCCUUCGCGCGUCACGACUUAACGUUUAGCGAACCGUUAACGACUCCACUUAUGGAGUAAGACUUGAAAACCAGUGGCGACUUUCGUAGUACAGGCCUCUGUAUUUGAGCUGUAUUCCUACUCUACCUGAAGUCUUUACAUGCUUAUUGUUUCUUUACAAAAAAAUAAAAUCCUCAAUGUUUGUGAAAUUAAGUGGAAAUGAAAUGUAGUAAACUGUCUUCUGUGUUAUCAAAGUCAACCUCGCUUUUGGUUUCGAGCCUUGCCUCUGGUUGUAUCCUGUGGAUUCCUGAGCUUCUCCUAUGUGUUUGAACAGUUGUAAAUCCGACCCUUUGAACCAUUUAUCCUGCGAAUGUGUAGUUUUGCUCAAUAAGUGUCCUCUCUGGUCAAAAUGCCUAUAAUUUUUUUUCUUUCGUUUUUACUAAAAACCGAAACAUCUACGAUAACCAGCUGUCUCAUGACAUCAGUGAAACUUGACAUAUUUCUAUACCUGUGUCUGUCCUGUUGUCCAAAUAAACUGACAGUGACGUCUA